AUGCUAAAACCCUCAGUAGAGAAGCAAGGAGUCAUAGCCAGGAAGCAGAGGUCUGUCAAGAUGCCAGAGACCAGCUACCAGAGAACUCAGUGGCAGGCCAGUGCAGGGCAAGGGGAAUUAGCAGAGGAAGAAGGAGUAAGAGACGAAUUUAGAAAAGUAACAGGAAUAAGUCAUAAGCGUUUCAUAGACCAUUGUGAUCCAGAGUAUCAAGACAUGCCAGGCAUCCUGCUACAUGGUCGUCCAGUGAGGUUUUGCCUAUGUCUUGCAUGUGUCCUGUUCCUUUGGAACACAGCAUCUGGCAUUAAAAGAGAAGUAAAGAAAGAAAAGGGAAUGGCCUUUCUACCUACCACAGGUAAACAGGCAGAAGAGAGGAAAGAAAAGGGGAUGGCAUUUCUUGCUACCACAGAGCUGCCUGCAAGAUCAGUUGAUCUGUCUGCCCUUAACCUGACGGAGCUCGUGAAUGGGAUGCUGAACAGAGCUUUAAAAGAUACCAAGAAGUUCUUCUCCUUGCUGAGCAUCACGUCCUAUAGUUCCUUCGCCUUCCACAAGUUUUCUGUGGCCAUUUACAACAUUUCUAACCUGAAGAAGGUGGACCCAGCCAAAUUCCCCACAAGGCACUGCUACUGUUUGGACAAUCAGACCAAUGACUUGUCAGAUUUUACAGCCCUACUGGUGGAUAUCAUCGGGAAUUCUACUAGCUACCUUACAGAGAUUUUUAAGUCAACCUCCAUCCUCUCAGUGAGUCAGACCGAUGAUUCCGACUGCAUCUUCAUCUGUGUGAUGACAGGAAAGUCAGGAAGGAAUCUUUCUGACUUCUGGGAGAUGGCAGAGAAAUCCCCUGUUAUCAAUUACACAUUUACCAGCAGUGUGUCUGGUGUUCUGGGUGCAGCUACCAGGGGAACAGCUGGAACUCCCGACCCCAAAACUAAAAGCCAGCAAACACUACUGAAUGCGAGCUCCCCACAUUGGGCCCACAGCACAUACCAACCAUCUUUGCUGAAAACAUCUCGCUGGAUAGAGACAACUGCUCCUUCUGAGGGAGAGGAGCCCAAGAGCACAGACAGGCUCCCUGAACUCCCUGAGGUGACCACAGCCACAGGAAGCAAUGCCACUCACAGCACCCCUGCCUCAGCUACCAGGAGAGUGGCUGGAACUCCAUGGAUGACAGCCAGCAGACAGACUCGGGCUUCCACAGUAUCCAUGCCCUGGAUUCAGACCCUCAGUGAGAAAAGUCCUGGAGCGCCUCUCUGGAAGACACGCUCCUCCACCCCGAUGUCUCCUGAAGGUGCUAAGGAGGUCAUGAGUGCAGGGAGCCUUUGGGGAUUUCCUGUUGGAAUAAUGACCAUGACUGGCAGCCCAUCCCAGACCAGCCCAACCCUGGGAACAUUCACCCCUGGCACACAGACUCCAAGUCCAACCAAGGCACCAGCCCCCAAAGAUCCACAGACAGGUGAUCUCCCUGCAGAGUGGUCCUUUACCCCUGGAAGAGAGCCAGCCCUGACCCUAGGACCCUACCAGGUUUCAAGGUGUCCUGAGCUACUCUUCAAAGAGGGGGCCAUGACAGCUGCUCCCCUCCCAAUGGCCAUUCAGAAGCUCAACCCAUGCUUGAUGGAGUUGUGCCGCUUCUUCCAGCAAUGCCUCUGCAUGAGCCAGAGGAGGAAUUCCAGAACCCAGGCCAUGAGGUACUGUCUUGAAUACUAUUCCUGGUUUCUGAAGAAUGCAACAUAUAUCUGCCAGAGGGUGAAAAGGGUGUACCACUCACACACCUUAAAGCAAAAAUGCCUUGAGAAUGUCUGCAAGUCUGUGUGA